AUGCCUGGCGGAUCCUCGGUCUCUCUCCCAAGAUUUCCCUCAAUUCCAGCCAUGGAACGUAUAACCCGAACCGGCAAGCUUCAUUACAGUGAUUGUCGGAAGACUGGCCCCAUCGAAGCCAAGCUCCAUGGACACGGCACAGCUAUGAAGGCGAAACCCCUAAAACAGAUCGCCCUUCACUUACGUCAACUUGCUCAGCAGUGCAGCAACAACAGACAAGUGCACAAUGCUACACAGCGUGCCGCGUCUCACCCUGAAAAUUUCAGACUGGUGUUGAGCAUUGGCCUCCUGGUCAGAUAUUAG